AUGUCCGGCUCCAUCGCCUCGUACGACCAGCUGGUGCGGCAGGUGGAGGCGCUGAAGAAGGAGAACAGCCACCUCCGGCGGGAGCUGGAGGACAACUCCAACCACCUCUCCAAGCUGGAGAAUGAGACCUCGGACAUGAAAGAGGUCCUGAAGCACCUCCAGGGCAAGCUGGAGCAGGAGGCGCGGGUCAUGGUGUCCUCAGGGCAGACGGAGGUCUUGGACCAGCUGAAAGCCCUGCAGAUGGACAUCACCAGCCUCUACAACCUCAAGUUCCCGCCGGAGGUGGCGGGAGCCGGGCGCAGCGCCGAGGACAGCCCGCUGCCACCCGCGCCCCAUCGGGACGGCGCCGGGGACCUGGGCAGAGCCACCCUCCGGCUGCUGGAGGAGCUCGACCGGGAGAGGUGCUUCCUGCUGGGCGAGAUCGAGAAGGAGGAGAAGGAGAAGGUGUGGUACUACACCCAGCUGCAGAGCCUGGCCACGCGCCUGGACGAGCUGCCCCACGUGGAGACGUUCUCCAUGCAGAUGGAUCUCAUCCGGCAGCAGCUGGAGUUCGAGGCCCAGCACAUCCGCUCGCUGAUGGAGGAGCGCUUCGGGACGGCGGACGAGAUGGUGCAGCGGGCGCAGAUCCGCGCAUCCCGGCUGGAGCAGAUCGACAAAGAGCUCAUGGAGGCGCAGGACAAGGUGCAGCAGCCAGAGCCGCAGCUCUGUGGGAAGGUGCCGGGCAUGGAGGGGGACUGCAGCCUGGACCCCCCGACCCACCCCGAGGAGGGGGGCAGCAGCCUGGGCAGCAGCAAGGUGGAGGUGGUCUUCUGGCUCCUGUCCAUGCUGGCGACGCGGGACAAGGACGACAUGUCCCGCACGCUGCUGGCCAUGUCCAGCUCGCAGGAGAGCUGCCUGGCCAUGCGCAAGUCGGGCUGCCUGCCCCUGCUCAUCCAGAUCCUGCACGACUCGGACGGCGAGCCAGGGCCCCCCGAGAGCCCCGCCGGCGCCAAGGAUGCCCGCAUGCGUGCCAAUGCCGCCCUCCACAACAUCGUCUUCUCCCAGCCCGAUGAGGGCCAGGCCAAGAAGGAGAUGCGGGUGCUGCACGUGCUGGAGCAGAUCCGCUCCUACUCGGAGACCUGCUGGGACUGGCUGCAGAUGCAGAGCAGGGACGGGGGCAGAGGCACCGAGGGCGGCACGGCGCCGGUGCCCAUCGAGCCCCAGAUCUGCCAGGCCACCUGCGCCAUCAUGAAGCUCUCCUUCGACGAGGAGUACCGGCGGGCCAUGAACGAGCUGGGCGGGCUGCAGGCGGUGGCCGAGCUGCUGCAGGUGGACUACGAGAUGCACAAGAUGACAAGCGACCCCCUGAACCUGGCGCUGCGGCGCUACGCGGGGAUGGCCCUCACCAACCUCACCUUCGGCGACGUGGUCAACAAGGCGACGCUGUGCCCCCGCCGGGGCUGCAUGGAGGCCAUCGUGGCUCAGCUGGGCUCCGACAGCGAGGAGCUGCACCAGGUGGUCUCCAGCAUCCUGAGGAACCUCUCCUGGCGGGCUGACAUCAACAGCAAGAAGGUGCUGCGGGAGGUGGGCAGCGUGACCGGGCUGACGCGGUGCGCGCUGCACGCCGGCAAGGUGAGCACCGGGAGCGUCCUGAGCGCGCUGUGGAACCUGUCGGCACACAGCACGGAGAACAAAGCCGCCAUCUGCGGGGUGGAGGGAGCCCUGGGCUUCCUGGUGAGCACCCUCACCUACAAGUGCCAGAGCAACUCGCUGGCCAUCAUUGAGAGCGGCGGCGGCAUCCUCAGGAACGUCUCCAGCCUCAUUGCCACACGGGAGGACUACAGGCAGGUGCUCCGGGACCACAACUGCCUGCAGACGCUGCUGCAGCACCUGCGCUCGCACAGCCUCACCAUCGUCAGCAACGCCUGCGGCACCCUCUGGAACCUGUCCGCCCGCAGCCCCCGUGACCAGGAGCUGCUCUGGGACCUGGGGGCGGUCAGCAUGCUGCGCAACCUCAUCCACUCCAAGCACAAGAUGAUCGCCAUGGGCAGCGCGGCCGCUCUCCGCAACCUCCUCACCAACCGGCCCCCCAAGUACAAGGAUGCCGCCGUCGUCUCGCCGGGCUCCUGCAUGCCCUCGCUCUACAUGCGCAAGCAGAAGGCGCUGGAGGCCGAGCUGGACGCCAAGCACUUGGCCGAGACCUUCGACACCAUGGAGAAGCAGAGCCUGAAGAGCCAGAACGCCAAGAAGCCGACGCGGCACAUGGAGAGCCUGGUGAAGGACUACGCCUCCGACUCCGGCUGCUUUGAUGAUGACGAAGUGCCCAACAUCUCCACUGGCGUGGAGACGGCCAGCGCCUCCGUCCUCUCCAUGUUCCUCAACUCCUCCUUCCUCCAGGGGCAGGCGCUGCCCCGGGCACUGGCACAGAGGCGAUGCCCGGAGCCGGAGAAGGACAGCGGUGGCAAGCCAGCUGAGCCCAAGAAGCCGCUGCUGCCGGAGGAUGACGUCUCACUGGCUGCCGAGAAGCUGGCCAACAAGAUCUCCAGCACAGUCGCCAAGAUCGAUAAGCUGGUGGAGGACAUCUCCACCAUGCACACGUCCUCGGAUGACAGCUUCAGCCUCAGCUCGGAGGACCACUGCCUGGACUGGCAGUACGGCCCCGAGGAGGUGCACGAGGCGCGUGCCCAGUCCUGCUCGCCAUGCCGCCUCUCGGACGCCGGCGGCUUUGCCAAGCGGGAGAGCCUGAGCCGGGCACACACACUGCUGCGGCUGAAGACCGCCUACACCAGCCUGUCCAACGACAGCCUCAACAGCGGCAGCACCAGUGAUGGCUACUGCACCAAGGAGCACAUGAAGCCCUGCACCAGGGCCGCCUUCCUCGACUAUCGGGAUGAGCUGCAGCGGUACCAGAAGCGGCCGAGCCGCCUUGACCUCAAGAGCAUCCUGGGCGGCAAGCCAGAGCGGGUCGAACCCGCGGCGCUCAAGGGCAGAGACCCGGCUGAGCCAGACAAACCGGAGCAGCGAGACCUGCCCGAACGGGCCAAGAAGACGGUGACUUUCCCCAGCCCCAAGGCGCUGGAUAAGGAGCCUGAGUGGAAGAAGGAGGCAGGCAGCAAACUCUCCCCUGACCCCCAGGUCCGCACCAUCAAGCUCUCCCCGUCCUACCAGCACGUCCCCCUGCUCGAGAGCCUGGCCAAGAGCGGUGCAGCCACCGGUGCCGGCCACCACCCCUCCCUCCUGGGCAGAAAGCAAGCCUGGCUCCCGCCUGCACUGCUGCAGACGGCCGAGACCUUGAGCAAGAUCCCGGAGAAGCUGCCUGCCCACCCGCCAGCCAUGACAGAGCAGGAGUCAGUGCAGAAAUACUCGGUGGAAGACACCCCGAUCUGCUUCUCCCGGUGCAGCUCCCUCUCCUCCCUCUCCUCGGCUGACAACGUGCUGGAUGGCCAGAGCCACAGCGAGAACGACCUGGACAGCGACUCCUCCCUGGAGAUCCUGGAGAUGGAGGAAGGGGACGGGGAAGGUGAGGAUGGGAGGCAGGAGAAGGAGAAGGCGGCGGAUCUGGGUCCGGCCACGCCGGUGAGGAUUUCCCAGCCCAUCACCAUCCCCUUCCCGAAGUGCGACAAGGUCUUCCUGCGGGAGUCAUCACCAUCACGCCAGGAGGACCUCACGCCCUCGAGCUCCUCGGAGAACUACAUCCAGGAGACGCCACUGGUGAUGAGCCGCUGCAGCUCCGUCAGCUCCCUGGGCAGCUUCGAGAGCCCCUCCAUCGCCAGCUCCAUCCAGAGCGACCCUUGCAGCGAGAUGAUCAGCGGCACCAUCAGUCCCAGCGAGCUGCCCGACAGCCCCGGGCAGACCAUGCCGCCCAGCCGCAGCAAGACGCCCCUCUUCGAGCUGGGCUGCCAACCGGAGAAGGAGACCAGCCAGUUCAACAUCCAGUGGGAGAACAACGUCAAGAAGUUCAUGGAGAUCACCGACUUCAAGGAGCGCUUCCAGCUGCCCCAGGACCUGGACUCCAUGGUCUACUUCACGGUGGAGAAACCCAACGAGAACUUCUCCUGCGCCUCCAGCCUGAGCGCCCUCCCCCUCCAUGAGCACUAUGUCCAGAAGGACGUGGAGCUCAAGCUGAUGCCCACAUUCCCGGAGAAGAACAGCCUGAAUUUUGCGGCUCACGAGAAGCGGGAGGAGCGGCGGGAGGAGCGGUACCUGGAGGGCCGGCGGCGGGCUGACCGCCCUGAGCCCCCCUCUGACGACGACAUCGAGAUCCUGAAGGAGUGCAUCAGCUCCGCCAUGCCCUCCCGCUUCCGCAAGGUGAAGACCUCCCUGCUCUCUGGCCAGGUCCUGCACCCCCAGACGAAGAAGGCGGUGCACGUCCCUGUCUACAUGUUGGUGCCAGCCCACACACACCCCGGUGUCCCUAAGCACCUGCGUGCAACCACCCGUGACCUCUUCAAGGACGAUGACUCCUUCACCGACUCAGCCGAUGGGACCCCCGUCAACUUCUCCAGCGCCGCCUCGCUGAGCGAUGAGACCCUGCGCUACCCGGCCACCGAGGAGGCUCAGCAUCCCCGCGGCCCGGGGCCGGGGCGCCCGGCAGAGGUCCUGCCCGAGGGGCACCAGGAGGCGGGCAGCGCCAGUGCCAUCCAGGCCAGGAGAGCCGCCUCCAGCAGCUCGGCGCCUGCCCGGCUGAGCUCAGCCUGCAAAGGGAAAGCGGGGUCGAGCCGUAGCCAAGGCGGGGAGGGGAAGCGGGGCCAGCCCCCCCCGAAGAGCGGACCCAGCCUGGAUCUGGAGGUGGGGAGGCCUAGUGGUCCCCCCGGGAGGAAGGAUGCUCCCCGGGAGGAGGGGGUGGCCUUCCAGUCACUGUGCCACACCACGCCGACAGAGGAAGCUGUCUACUGCUUCUAUGAGCAGGACUCGGACGAGCUGCCCGAGGCAGGCAGGGAGGCGUCCGGCAGCAGAGCCCAGCCCGGACGAGCACCCAGGAGGGAGCGUUGGGGUGGCUCCGUGCCCCGGAGGGAGCCUGAGCCCAGUCCCCGGCCAGCGAAGGCGAAACCACAGAACAACCUCAUCGCCGAUGAAACGCCGCCGUGCUACUCCCUCAGCUCCUCCAUGAGCUCCCUGAGCGAUGCCAACCUCUCCGACGGCGAGGAGCAGAGCCAGCCCUGCGGCAAAACUCCCCGGCCGCGGUCGGCCGCAGCGGUGGGGCAGGCACAGGAGGGCUCCCCCAGCUCCCCCAGCCUCAACUCGGAGGAUGACCUGCUGCAGAAGUGCAUCGGCUCGGCCAUGCCCAAGCGCCGGCGGCUCUCAGCUCGCCGGAGGAUGGUGGAGCGCAAGCAGAAGCCGCUGGGCGCUGGCGGGAGGGAGCGGAAAGCGGAGGCGAGGCAUCGCCCCACCGAGGACGCCGGCUCUGACCGGGGCUCGGACCUGGACAGCGUGGAGUGGCAAGCCAUCCAGGAGGGUGCCAACUCCAUCGUCACCUGGCUGCACCAGGCUGCUGCCUCCCUCUCGCGGGAGCCUUCCUCUGAGUCCGACUCCAUCCUCUCCUUCGUGUCGGGGCUCUCGGUCGGGUCCACCCUGCAGCUCUCCCUGGGCAGGCAGGAGAAGAAGCGGGCCGGCAGUGCAGCCGGCCGGGAGGCGGCCAGGAGGGAGCACAGCAAGAGCCGCCCGGAGAGGAAGGACACGCCAGGUGCCCGUCCCACCGGCCGCGGAAGCACCAGGGCAGAGCGGAGCCCGGCGCCCACCAAGCCGGGGCCCAACCUGCCCCCAGGCAAGGCGGGCGGCUCGCCCUCCCCACCGGGACCCCCGGCCAGGGCCCCAGCCCCCAAGUCCCCAGCCCCCAAGCAGUCCAAGACGCAGAAGUCGCCCGUCCGCAUCCCCUUCAUGCAGAAGCCCAGCAGGAAGGUGCUGCCGGGCCGGGGGGCCAUGCCGGUGCUGGAGGAGCAGGUGGAUGGUGGCAAGGUGCGGGGCGGCGGGCCGGGGGGCAGCCGGCUCAACCUGGUGCGGAUGUCAUCUGCCCGUUCCAGUGGGAGCGACUCGGACCGCUCCGGCUUCCUGCGCCAGCUCACCUUCAUCAAGGAAUCCUCCAGCCUGCUGCUGCGGCACCGCACCGAGCUCUCCCCGGCACAGCCGGCGGCCUCGCUGCCUCGACGCGCCUCCCCGCAGCGCAGCCGUGCCGCCCUCCCGGCCGUCUUCCUCUGCUCCUCCCGCUGCGAGGAGCUCAAGGCAGCCAAGCCAGCAGCCCCCAGCCCACGGCCCCUCACGCCCAGGGCCCAGCCUGGCAGCAAAGUCCCCACCGGUGCCAAGCCGCCGCGGAGGACCAGCUCCGAGAGCCCGUCCCGGCUGCCGGUGAAGACCAGCAUCCCCACACCCGAGCCCUUCAAGAGGUACUCAUCCUCACCCAACAUCAGUGUGGCGCGGAGGACGGGCAGCCCUUCCUCCGUCCUCUCUGCCCGCUCUGAGGCUUCGGCACGGCGGCGGCAGACCGAGGUGGUGCCCAGCGGGCAGCCGGCAAAGCCACCGGUGGUGGUGAUGAAGGGCACGUGGCGGAGGAUUCGGGACGAAGACAUCCCCCACAUCCUCAAGAGCACGCUGCCCUCCUCCGCCCUGCCGCUGGCGGGUGCUGGCGAGGAGGAGCGCCCCGGCACCCCCGGCCCCAGGAAGACCAGCGACGCCGUGGUGCAGACCGAGGACUUCUCCACCACCAAGACCAACUCCAGCACCUCUCCCACGCUGGAGACCCGCGAGGGGCCCCUGCACACCCGCGCCGCCUGCGACGGCGAAGCCCCGGCCCCCGCCAAGGCCGCCCUGCCCAUCUCCUUCGGCCACGAGGCGCCGGCUGGGACCUUCCCUGCCAGCCGGCACGGCUCCCCAAGCAGAGCCGCCCGCGUCACCCCCUUCAACUACGUCCCCAGCCCCAUGGCGGUGACGGCGGUGGCCGACAAGGCGGUGGAGAAAAUCCAGGCUUGA